CACGGCAUCCACGCGAAAUGCAAAACUCGUUCAAAUCUGACGCGGUCCUUCGCAUGGAACUCAACGCAGCGGGGUCGGUGGCUUAGAAAUGGACCAUCCUCCGAAAAAGGAAGAACAGUGCUUAAGGGGUUUGGUGGAGGGUGGGUUGUAUUGCAGAGGGAGCCGCUUAGCCUCUUGAAUGCCACGCAACUACCUAGAUAUGAAUGUUAGGAAGUAGGAAGGUCGAAUAAUUAUGCAGUUUUGUGCAUUUGAAUAUUACUCCACUACAUCCGUCCACUUUCCCAGCUCGAACUGACGAUGACACAGAGCAAUGCGGGCUUCGGCGGGCAAAGCUAUGCAAGAAUCUUCAAUUAAAAUUCCUCUUGUCAUUCUCACUUUACCCAAACCGGCAAAUCCUAUUCCGUCUUGUUAUUUUUGUCUUUCGGCCUUCAAGAAAAUGUGAAAUCUCCAUGUUGUGCCGCUUCAAGCUUCGGUCGCUUCUGACCAAACCAACCAGACCAAUCGCUCUCUUAGUUCGGAUCUAAUUCCUGUAAAAAUUAAUCACUUAAUACAAUGGCCCAUCUGAUCAAAACCGAACCUUGUGAUUUAUUCUGUCCUGGGGGCUUGUUCCUCGAUAUUGAUUCAGCUCAUGCGUCGUUUAUUUCGUUGAUAUCGCCCAAAACUUAUUCUGAAGCGGAAAGGGUUUCGUGUUUUUCAUGGGGACGCAGAAGAACGGUGAGUUUCGAAAUAUUUAGGCGGGAAAGGAGAGCUUCGGGCACAGUGGGUGGGGGGUUUUUGUCGUUGAGCUUGUCCAUAAACGGAAGCGAAGGGGAUCAGAGCUAUGUUCGAGAAUCGCAAGAAAUUCUGGGCCAGCAUGAGGGUAAAAUUUCGGACAGGUCCGAUGGAUGUAAAGAGAAGGAGAAUGUUCAGAUGAAGGGAGCGGGUGCUAUGAAUGUGACUAGGCAUCUGUGGGCGGGAGCUGUGGCUGCUAUGGUUUCAAGGACAUUUGUAGCGCCUCUUGAGAGACUUAAGCUGGAAUACAUAGUUCGUGGUGAACAGAAAAACCUAUUUGAGCUCAUUAAGGAAAUUGCAACUUCUCAAGGGUUGAAAGGCUUCUGGAAAGGGAAUUUCGUAAAUAUUCUACGGACAGCACCCUUUAAAGCUAUAAAUUUUUAUGCUUAUGAUACUUAUAGAAAUCAUCUGUUAAGGAUUUCUGGAAACGAAGAAACCACAAAUUUUGAGAGAUUUGUUGCGGGUGCUGCUGCAGGGAUUACAGCUACCUUGCUCUGCCUACCUAUGGACACUAUCAGGACGGUAAUGGUUGCACCUGGUGGUGAGGCCUUGGGAGGUGUGGUUGGUGCCUUCCGGCACAUGAUAAGAACUGAAGGCUUCUUUUCUCUCUACAAGGGUUUGGUACCCUCCAUUGUCAGCAUGGCACCUUCCGGUGCCGUAUUUUAUGGUGUUUAUGACAUAUUAAAGUCGGCAUAUCUGCAUUCACCUGAAGGAAGGAAAAGGAUCCAACAUAUGAAAGAACAAGCUCAAGAGCUCAAUGCUUUGGAACAAUUGGAAUUGGGACCCAUUAGAACUCUAAUAUAUGGUGCUAUUGCUGGUUGUGCAGCUGAAGCUGCUACAUAUCCCUUUGAAGUUGUUAGAAGACAGCUUCAAAUGCAAGUUCGGGCAACAAGAAUGAAUGCACUGGCAACUUGUGUCAAGAUUGUUGAACAGGGUGGUGUUCCAGCUCUCUAUGCUGGAUUGAUUCCCAGCUUGUUGCAGGUGUUACCAUCAGCCGCCAUUAGUUAUUUUGUUUACGAGUUCAUGAAGAUAGUUCUCAAAGUAGAAUAGACGAUAAUGACAGCAACUCAAUGCCAGAUAUUAGUGGAGGAUGAGAAUAUCUUUCUCCUUUAGACAUUUUUCCUUUUGGAGGCGGAACUGCUGAUGUAUGGGAUGAGGAAUGGGGCAUGUCUCGCACAAAAAAGUAUUGAUAUUUUCUCUUAACAAUUUGAUAUAAUUUGAAUAAACAGAAGAGGGAAGAAACAUCCAUGUUCUGUCAGUUUGAAGAGAAAUAAGAAAAGAGAUCCCUCUCCAAUUUAGUGUCAGCUCGAUGGAGACUUUUUUUUUCUUCUCAAUGGAGUUUGAGUGUCCUUAGAAUUUGUCCCCUUUACACUUCAACCGGUAACUUGUAUCUGUUCUGCAACAACAAAUGCAGAAGUUAUUCGUUUAUACUUGUAGCAUUUGACAUCUGUGUUUAAUUUUAGGGUCAUUAGUGUAUUGGUAAUAUGUGAUGAUGCAGUGUUGGAACUUUUGGCUCGGACCUGAGGUUCUAGCUAUUCAUGUUUUGUUAACUUUUAUUCCUGUUCAGUUACCUUGGGAUGUAAUGCCGAAAAUUAU